UGCAAGCGUUUCACCCAUCGGCCUGCAGAAAGGAGACGCCGGGAGCCUCCGUGGCUGCCCCAAGCGCUGCUUCCCCAUGGGCAGCUCCUCCGGCCCCGUGCCCCGCUCCCAGGCGGCUCGCUCCGGCGCGGAGGCUGCCCGGCCGCCGGCAUCCGCUACGCCGCGGGGGGGAACCCCAGCUGGGUGACACCUGCGGUGCCCGGGGGCACGCGGAGCUGCGGCUGGCCGCAUCCUGACCGCAGGGCCCGGCGGGGCGGCAGCUCCCACGCCGCCGAGCAGCACCGGGGUCAGCCAGGACGGCUCCUCGGACCCGUGCUUUCGCGGCCGUCGAGGCGGCUUCCCCUUUCGCGUUCCUGCUUUCGGGGCCUGGCCGCGGCGGGUUCCUCUUUCGGGAUGGUUUCAUGCGGACGCCCCGGCCGGGCACCGGGGCAGCGGUCGGCACUGUGGGCCGGGGCAGUGGUCAUCGCAGCUGCAGCAGGCGGGUUGCCCGGUCCCGGCGAGGCCGCAGCAGGCAACGGCCGUAUCCGCCCGCGGAUAUCCCCACGGAUAUCCCCACGGCCGCAGCCCGGGAGAAGGCAGCUUCGGGGGGUGCGAUAGCAAAGCGGGUGUGCGGGCAGGCGCCCGGUCAGCGCUCGCAAUCGCUUUGGAGCAGUUUCCUCUCCCGGCGCUGCCACGCUAUGUUCGCCCGCCGCGUGCAGAGGCUGCUCGGCGGAGGCGGCUCCCGGGGCUCGGCUCCGCGGCCGGACAUGGCGGAGGCGGAGUACGAGAACAUGGAGCUGAAACAACACGUUUCCCCGGCGGCGGCUCCCGGCUCGGCGGCGGCCCCGGGGCGCCGGGCGCUGGGCGCCGCGCUGGCCCUGGGCACCGUCCUGGCUCUGGGCGCCUCGCUGGCGGCCGUCGGCGCCCUCUACGCGCGGGCCGAGCGGGAGCUGCGGGCGGCGAGAGCCGCCGCCGCCGCCGGGGCCUCCGCGCUGCCCAGCUGCGCCCCCGACGCCGCGCACGGGCCGGGGAGCGGCGGCGCCGCGCCGGGCGGAGCGGGGAGCUGCGGGCAGCGGCUGGGGCGAUGGCUGCAGCAGCUCUCCCUCGGCUGGAGGUACCACGACGGGAAGAUCUACUAUUUUUCCACUGACCGCAAGUCCUGGCAGGACGCCGAGGACUUCUGCGUGUCGAAGCGAUCCCACCUGGCCUCCAUCACCAGCGCCGAGGAGCAGGAAUACCUGGCCGGGCAGGUGGGGAGCAGGGGGCACUGGAUCGGCCUCACGGACGCGGGCACCGAGGGCACCUGGCGCUGGGUGGGCGGCACCGAGUACAGCCAGAACAUGAGCUUCUGGGCGCCAGGGCAGCCGGACAACUGGCAGGAGGCGAGCGGGGGCCGCGAGGACUGCGCCCACCUGCAGCCGGAGGACUCCAACCUCUGGAAUGACGGGAGCUGUGCCCAGAGCCUGCACUGGAUCUGCGAGGCGGCACUGGAGGAGGCCGGGCCGUGACGGGCGGUCGGGGCCUGGUGCCCACCGAGCCUGGACGCGGCGGGACAAGCGGGGCCGGGGAAGGAGCCAAAUACAGAGGCUGC